ACACGUGGCUCGCUGAAGCAGGCUUUGUUUCGCCCCACUGUCCAUACCACCGCCUCUCCUCCAACUUACUUGGCUUACAGGAACAUAAUGAAUGAUUCCAAAUUGAUAAAUUACAGUCAAUAUGACGAUAGUAUUGUGCCACAUAUAAUGCAGAACAGCAACUGGGAUUGCGGGCUGGCUUGCAUUGCCAUGACCAUGCGGGCGUUAGGAAAAGACGUCGACAUCAACGACUUACGACAACACUGCCAUGUCAAUAGCAUAUGGACGAUAGAUCUUGCGUUUCUGUUACGAAAUUAUGUAGAAGAUUUUACCUAUUACACAAGCUUUCUUGGAAGCCGGAAAGAAUACCAGCAAAACAAAUUUUACCAAGAAACUUUCAGCGAGGACGAGAAGAGAGUGAACAAGCUGUUUGCUAUAGCAAAAAGCUGCAAUGUGCAUGUUGUCCGAAUGUUGCUGCCAAUAGACGAUUUCAAACGGUUCCUGUUCUGUAAAAAGUUUGCCAUAAUAACCCUAGUGAAUGCCCGUCUAUUGCGAUGUCAAUGGUGUCUGGACCAAAAAGGAUGUUCCGCUUCUGUUUGUGUAGGAUUUGAUUCUAUAUUAGACCGAAUGAAAGGAUAUGAGUAUAUUGGUCACUUUAUCGUCCUUAUCAACUACGACCCCAACGAAGAUGUCUUCAUCUAUCGUGAUCCAGCACAACAAGAUAAGGUAUGCGUGAUUCAAGCCGAUAUACUUGAUUCUGCUCGACAGUCAAUAGGCACGGACAAUGAUUGCAUCGUGAUUCGUAUAUAGUUGAGGCACCCCGGGGACAUGUCAAUUAUGAUCUGGAUACCAAGCCUGCGACGAAAUUUUUCUGGUCUUGCUUUUUUUUGUUUAUUAUACGCUUCUUUAGUACCUUUCUAUACAUAUUGAGUUACUGCCUGUUAAAGAUUACCGGUCAAGGAUAUGCUGUCUACAACGCCGUGCGUGAAUGACAAGUCGGAUGCUGUGCCAGAAUGACGAACCCAACAAUCAGUUCAUCGGAAUUUGAAAAAGGAAUCUGAGCACGAAAAAAAAUGCUCUCAAUAAAAGGGGAAAAAUUCAAAAAACAUGGUUUUUAGUACGCACUUGUUUCUUACUUCACAUCUCAUCUUCAUAACAUGGCUCGCAACUUUGAUCACUAUCCCAAGAACGUUGGUAUCCUUGCCAUUCAAACUUACUUUCCUUCUCGUGUAAGUUAAACGCUAUGUAAUUCUAGUG